UGUGGCACUUAAUAUUACAGAUCUGACGACUCUUCUCUCUUUAUUAUCUUCUCAAAAAAAAAAAAACCUUUGCUCUCUCCUCUCUCUGCUUAGCCCAAAAGUUCUAAGAUGGCGGGGAAAGGUGGUAAAGGAUUGCUAGCAGGAAAGACAACAGCAGCUGCAGCAGCAGCAGCUAACAAGGAGAAAGACAAGAAAAGGCCAGUUUCUAGGUCAUCUCGAGCUGGUCUUCAGUUUCCAGUGGGUAGAAUUCACCGUCAACUCAAGUCCAGAACUGCAGCCCAUGGAAGAGUUGGAGCUACAGCAGCUGUUUACUCUGCUGCGAUUCUGGAAUACCUAACAGCAGAAGUUCUUGAAUUGGCUGGUAAUGCAAGCAAGGAUCUGAAGGUGAAGAGGAUCACACCGAGGCAUUUGCAGCUGGCCAUUCGUGGAGAUGAGGAACUUGACACCCUUAUUAAAGGGACCAUUGCUGGUGGUGGUGUCAUCCCUCACAUUCACAAAUCACUCAUAAACAAAACCACCAAGGAGUGAAAUGGUCGUAUGCUUUAACUUUGUUGUCUCUUGACUUAAAUGACAGUUUGGUGUUAGCAUGUUUUCUCUGUUAUCUGGUUUGAUAUUAGUAGUCUUGUAUUUUGAUUUAGGAACAAUUUCAGCUUCUCAGUCAUGUUUGAUGGAGUAAAACUUGUAGGGAUGUAGUGGACAAUGGAAAUGUUAAUUUGACAUUUAUAUCGUGUUGCUAUGUAGAUUUAUGUAUGUCAAUUGACCUGUUUCUGUUGA